CCGUUCCCGUCAUGGCCCAGGUUCCCGCUAGCCCAUCCGUAGCCACGGUCCCUAGAUAAUAAGGAAGCGAAAUCCCCGUGGGUCGUCUCGAGAUUCGCGAUCCGAGACGACACCUCCCACACCAAGCAGGCCUGACCCUACCUGCCCAGCCACUGCCCCCUCUUAUUCCUAUUUUACCACGGCUCACCUCCCUCGUGGUAAACCGGCUCAAGCCAGUGUGCUUGUGUCUCAUUGUUGAAAAUCACCCACGCCUGCCCCUUGACUUGCACUUCCUCAAACGUCAUAGCAGGUCAAGGAAAACACAAAAGGACGGCCAAAAUUUAACGUCUCGCGCUUUGGGGUCUCCCCUGCGCAACGAGCAAACGCAUACUGUCCUCAAGGACUGGGAGGACGCAUCUUCACAUACAUCACACACAUACACAAUGGACGAGCCCAUUGCUGUCAUUGGCCUAGACGCCAGGUUCCCCGGUGAUGGGGAUACCGCUGAGCGCUUUUACGAGUUUCUGCUCGCUGGCCGGUCGGCCCGGACCGAGAUCCCCGAGGACCGGUACAACGCAGACUCCUUCUGGCAUCCAUCCGGUGAUAGGAGCGGCAAUGUCAGGGCAAAGGCUGCACACUUCCUCAAGGGCAGCAUAUCGGCCUUCGAUGCCCCGUUCUUCUCCAUCACGCCCGCCGAGGCGUCCGCCAUGGACCCUCAGCAGCGCGGCAUGUUGGAGGCAGUCUACAAGGCGCUAGAAAAUGCCGGGAUACCAUUAGAGCAGGUGGCGGGGACCCAGACGGGCGUCUACGUUGGCUGCAUGUACUCAGACUACGAUAGGAUGACGCUGAAGGACCUUGACAUCCCGUCCAAGUACUCGGCCCUGGGCAGUGUUGCCAGCAUGCUCAGCAACCGCGUGUCAUGGUGCUUCAACCUCAGGGGGCCGAGCAUGACCAUUGACACGGCAUGCUCCAGCAGUCUGGUCGCCCUACACCAGGCCUGCAACUCGCUCAAGUUGAGAGAGGCGUCCAUGGCUGUGGUUGGCGGCUGCAAUCUCAUAAUCUCGCCCGAGUUCUCCCAGCUGCUGGACGGAGCCGGCGUGCUUGGGCCUGACGGCGUGUCGUACAGCUUCGACUCCCGAGGGAACGGGUACUCGCGUGGCGAGGGCUUCGGCGUGGUUAUUCUCAAGCGUGUGGCGGACGCUAUUCGCGAUGGCGAUGUGAUCCGCGCUGUAAUUCGCAACACCGGGUCGAACCAGGACGGCCGGUCACCCAUCAUUACAGCACCGAGCAAGGCCGCCCAGGUGGACCUCAUCAAACGUGUUUAUGCUGGGGCCGGGCUCGACCCCUCGGCCACGCGCUUUUUCGAAGCCCACGGUACCGGUACCGCGGUGGGCGACCCGAUCGAGGCUGGCGCCAUCGGGCAAGUGUUUUCGAGCUACCGCUCGCCGGGCGCGCCGCUUUACGUGGGCGCGCUGAAAAGCAACGUUGGCCACCUUGAGGGUGCUGCGGGCGUCGCUGCCGUCAUCAAGGGCGUGCUGACGCUCGAGCGCGGCGUUAUCCCGGCAAACACUUGGUUCGAGAAGCGGAAUCCCAAGAUACUGGACGAGUGGAACCUCGAGUUCCCCACGGCGCCCAUGGCGUGGCCGCAGCGCGGACUGCGCCGCAUGUCCAUCAACUCGUUUGGCGUGGGCGGCAGCAACGCCCACGUCGUCAUGGACGAUGCCCUGAACUUUCUUGCACAGCACUAUAUGUCUGGCUGCCACCGCACCAUCGCAUCCCCGGUUGCUCCCGCCGCCGCCGCCGCCGCCGUCGCUCCUCCUGUCGUUGUUUCCCGCCCGCCUCAGCGGGGGCUGGCAGCACUGCGUGGCGACGAGGAGGACGCAGGGUCUGCCACAUCUGCCGGCUCUGUAAGUGCCAGGUCGGACUCGGGCAUUGAUCUGACCGACAACGAAUCAUCCGGGUCCAAAUCACCGGCGGGCUCGCGCUCGCCCCUCCUGGCUGCUGUCGAUGCGCCUGUCACUGCCACCACCACCGCCACCGCCACCGCCACCGCCAUCGCCACCGCGCACGUGACAGCUGCUGAGCCGCAAGACGGAAGCAGUCAGGAGCCCCUGCUGUUCGUGUUCUCGGCCUAUGACCAAGAAGGCGUGACGCGCGUGCAGGGCCAGAUCAGGGAUUAUAUCGCCUCGGCACCCAAAAGGAGCUUUCGUAGCCCCACUGCACGAUCGUCGCGAUCCCGCACGUCGUCAUGGUCGUCGACGUCUUCCAAGAGCAACCGCGACGAGCUCGUGGCCGACCUGAGCUACACGCUUGCCUGCCGGAGGACGCGUCACGGCUGGAGGGCGUGCACGACGGCCAAGUCGCGCAGGGAGCUCAUGACAUCGCUCCAGGCCAAGCCCAUCGUCACCAGGGCGGCCACGGAUCCGCGCCUCGCUUUUGUUUUUACGGGCCAGGGCGCCCAAUGGCCAUCGAUGGGCAGGCGGCUGAUCUGGGCCUACCCUGCCUUCCGGGAGAGUCUAUAUGCCGCCGACGAGUACCUCAACAGCCUGGGGUGUGUGUGGUCGCUGACGUACGAGCUCUGCAAAAACAAGGAGAGCUCCAGGAUCGACGAUGCCGAGUUCAGCCAGCCCAUCUGCACGGCGGUGCAGAUCGCGCUGGUGGACCUGCUGAGGACCUGGAAGGUCCGCCCGCACGCCGUGGUCGGCCACUCGUCGGGCGAGAUCGCUGCGGCCUAUGCGGCAGGGCAGCUGUCUCGCAAGUCGGCCUGGCGCAUCGCCUACUACCGGGGCAAGCUCUCCAAGGGGCUGAUCCGGGCCGAGACGCUGGCGUCGACCGGCGGCAGCCUGGACGAGCAGCAGUCGAAGCCCAAGACGGGCAUGGCGGCCGUCGGUCUCGACAAGGACAAGACCAUGGCGGCCAUCAAGCGUGUCGACGCCAUGAUGGACCACGGGACCCUGGAGAUUGCGUGCCUCAACAGCCAAGAUAGCGUCACCGUCAGCGGCGACGUCGGAAAGCUUGACGCGUUGGUCGAGAUGCUCAAGAAUGACAAGGUCUUUGCCAGGAGGCUCAACGUCGAGAUUGCGUACCACUCGCGCCACAUGAAGCCCAUAGUUGACGACUACCGGAGGUACAUGGGCGACAUCUCCAGCGAUCUUCCUGCACCAGCACAAGAAGGGCAGACGCCCGUGUACUUCUCGUCGCUCGAGGGUGGGCUCAUCCCCACGUCCCGGCUACGGAGCCCGGACUACUGGGUCGAUAACCUCGUCUCUCCCGUCAGGUUUCACGAAGCCGUUACCCAGCUGCUCCAGAGCGACCUCAACACGGGCAGCCUAGGCCACGGAAAGGAGCAGAUCACAGACCUUCUCGAGAUCGGUCCUCACAGCGCCCUCAGGGGCCCUCUUCGAAGCAUCAUCCAACAGGCCCGUGGCGCGGCGGCCUCCAAGGUCGGCUACGAGACGAUUCUGAAGCGCAACGAGUCCGCCGUGGACACUUCGCUCGGUGCGGCCGGCACGCUCUUCUGCCGCGGGUUCCCCGUCGACCUGGCCGCCGUGAACAGGCAACGGCCGGCGGCGGCGGCGGCGGCGGGGCGCCUCGAUGGCGCCGACGGCGACCCGGUCAAGAUGCUGACGGACCUGCCGUCGUACCCCUUCAACCACACCAAGGAGUACUGGCUCGAGAGCAGGCUGAGCCGCAACCACCGCUUGAGGCAUGCCCCUCGCCACGAGCUGUUGGGCGCGCCCGUGCCGGGGUGGAACCGCCACGGCAACGCCGUAUGGCGCAACUACAUCAGGCGGUCCGAGAACACCUGGGUCGAGGACCACCGCGUCGGGGCCGACGUGCUGUACCCGGCGGCGGGGAUGCUCGUCAUGGCCAUCGAGGCCAGCCGCCAGGUUGCCGCGCUGGAGGCUGCCGAGAACGAGACCCGGCCCGCCGUCUCGGGCUUCAGGUUCAGCCAGGUCUCGUUCCACACGGCCCUCUUGGUUCCCGACACGGAGCUUGGCGUCGAGUCGCACUUCUUCCUGCGGCCGUCGCGCGAGGCCGGCCGCGACGGCUGGAGUGAGUUCCAGCUGUGGACCUCCGAGGGCGACGACUGGAGGGAGCACUGCCGCGGCUUCGUGCGCACCGAGUAUAGCAAAGACGCCCUCACGCCCGCCGACGGCCAGGCGGUCCUCGAGGAGGCGAAGCGGUGCACUUCCAAGGUGAAGGCUGCGAAGCUCUACCGCGCCUUUGGCGACAUCGGCCUCGGCUUUGGGCCUACCUUCCAGACCCUCAGGGAUGUCAAACUCUCGGGCAACAGGGUGCUCGCCCAGGCGGACGCGUUGGUGUCCAAGAUCCGCAGGGCCGCGCCGCUCCAGUACCUGCAGCCUCACAUGGUCCACCCCUCGACACUCGACGCCGUCAUCCAGGCCGGGCUCGUGCCACUGCUCGACCUGGGGGCGGCUUCUUCGGGCCGCGGCGUCAAGGACUCGUGCGUCCCCAUCCACGCGAGCGAACUCUGGAUCUCGGCCGCCGACGAGCACGGCGGCGGCGUCCCGAACCUGCACGACUCUUCGUACAUGAUCUCGGCGCUUACCAAGCCAGGCCCGGGCUACCGGGAUGCGCGGGCUUCCAUCACGGCGCUGCACGCCGAAACCAGCCUGCCAGUGGUCACCAUAAAGGGGCUGGUGUUCAAGGCCCUGCCGGGCACCGGCGGCCAAGGGCGACUCGAGGGCGUCCACCGUCCGGCGCUGGCUCUGCAGUGGAAGCCCGACCCUACGCUCUUGAACGCGGCCGAGGCCGCCCGGGUGUUUGGCUGCCCGGAGUCUGAAAAGGACAAGGACGUGUCGCUGGCCAUCAAGAGCAUGGCCGAUUGCGAGGCGCUCGCGGUGCUCUACAUGCGCCAGUUCCUCGAGUCGCUCAAGGAAAGCGAGGUUGACGGGAUGCAGUGGCACCACAAGCACUACGUCUCGUGGAUGCGCAAUGUGGUCGCAACCUCGGCGGUGCAGGCCGCCAUGGGCGAGAUGCCCGAGCUGGAGGCUCGCGUCGCGGGCACGCCCGAGGGCAAGCUGGUGACGGUGGUUGGCCGCAACCUGUCGGGCAUGCUGCUGGGCGCGACGGAGCCCCUGGACAUCAUCUUCGGCGACCGCGCGGCCGAGAAUGUGUACCGCUACUCGGAGGGCUCGCGCCGCUGCGCCGCGCAGCUGUGUUCCUACCUCGACGCCCUGGCGCACAGGAACCCCAAGAUGAAGAUCCUCGAGGUCGGUAGCGGCACGGGCGGCACGACGGGCCACGUCCUGGACACUCUCGCCAACGUGGCCGACGGCACCAGGCGGUUCGGGCACUACGACUUUACAGACAUCUCGCCCAGCUUCUUCGAGAACGCGCGCGAGGCGUUCAAGGACCACGAGGAGAACAUGAGCUACCGCAUCCUCAACAUCGACAAGGACCCGGCCGAGCAGGGGUUCGAGGCCGGGUCCUACGACCUCGUCCUGGCGGCCAACGUGCUGCACGCCACUAGUGACAUGACGCGCACGCUCGGCAACGUGCGCAGGCUGCUCAAGCCCGGCGGCAAGCUCCUCGUGCUCGAGCUCACCAACACGGACGUCGCCUUCAGCGCCUUCUGCUUCGGCGCCCUGCCCGGCUGGUGGCUUUCCGAGGACGGCCGCGAGGGCGGGCCGCUGAUGCCCGUCGAGAGCUGGCGGUCGACGCUGGGCAAGGUUGGCUUCAGCGGCCUCGACGCCGUCUUCAGCGACUUCCCCGACUCCGAGUACAGGACCAGCUCCACGCUGGUGUCGACUGCGCUGCCGCCGGCUGACGCGACCGAGGGUGCUGCUGCUGCUGCUGCUGCUGUCGACGGGUUUCGGAAGCAACAGGAUUCCGUCUUUAUACUGGUCGACGUCGCGCCGUCGGCCCUGCAGGUGCACGUCGCCGACGCCCUGUCUGCCGCGCUUUCCACCCAGGGCGCCGUGGUGAGGACGACCACCAUGACGGGCACCAAGGGCCUCCCUGUUGAGGGCGCCACGUGCAUCGCCCUCACGGAGCUGGACUCGCCCGCGCUCUGCGGCAUGAGCGAGGGGUUCUUCACGGCCCUCAGGGACCUGACCAGCCGCUGCGGCACGCUGGUCUGGCUCGGCCGCGGCGGCGUCGGGCUCGUGGCGGAUCCGCACCACGAGCUGGUCACGGGCCUCGCCAGGACCGUGCGGGGCGAGGGCCGCGCCGGCGGCCGGGGAGCGCUCCAGUUCGUCACCGUCUCGUUCGCCGAGAGCGAGAGCGGGGACACUAUCGCCGAGAAGACGCUGCAGAUCCUGGCGCAGAACAAGGCCGCCAUCGCCAUGGACGACGCGCAGCCCGACAACACCUUCAGGGUCGCCGACGGCGUCGUGCACGUGCCCAGGCUGGUCGAGGCGACGCACCUCGUGCGCCACCUGCAGGCCGCCAGCGCGCCGGCGUCGGCGGCCCUGGCCGAGGAGGGGGAGGAGACCCCAUCGUCGCUGACCGAGGCCGAGGCCACGGCGCUCGGGCGCCUGGCGGCCUGGACGGCCCUGCGGGAGAUGGACGCGGUCCGGGAAGGCGACGUGGUCCUCAUCCACGCCGCGCCGGCGUCCAAGAGCGAGGCCUCUGUUACCCAGGCCGCGGUUCAGCUGGCGCACCACCACGGCGCCGAGGUCUUUGUGGCCGUCGAGGCCGCCGGCGCCGCCUGGGGCGCCCAGGGGGCCGAGGCGUACGGGCUCGCUGCCGACCACGUCCUGUCGGGCGACGACGAGUCGCUCGGCCCCGCCAUCAGGGACCGCACCGGCGGCCGCGGCGCCAAGGUCGUGGUCGAGGUGUCCCGGUCCGCCUCGGAGGAGACCAGGCGGAUGCUGCUGGACUGCGUCGCCACGUUUGGGCGCUUCGUCGACAUGGUGCCCACGGGCGGCGACGAGGGAGGCAGCAGCAGCAGCAGCAGCAGCAGCAGCAGCAGCAGCAGCAGCAGCAGCAGCAGCAGCCGCCAGCAGACGGCGGCCGUCGUGGGUCGGAGCAACGUCCGCCUCGACACCGUCGACGUCGAGGCUCUCGUCUCGGCCGACGCCGAGGGGGCGCGCGCCGUGCUCGAGCGGGCCAUGGCCUUCUUCGAGGGCCAACCGCAGCAGCAGCGGCCCGCGUCACCAACCGAUGGCGAAGCCGUCCCUACUACCAAGUCGUCCGCCCGCGUCUCAGAGGCGCUGGGCCGGCUGCUGCGGGACGCGACGAUGACGGUGGCCACCCCGACCAGCACAGCGGGCCACGACGACGACGACGACGCCGCUGCCGCCGACCUCAAGUUCAAGGCGGACGCGUCCUACGUCAUCGCGGGCGGCGCGGGCGGCGUCGGCCGGUCCGUGGCGCGGUGGAUGGUGGCGCGGGGCGCCAGGCACAUGAUCCUGCUGUCGCGCAGCGGCGCGGCCAGCGCCGAGGCGCGCGAGCUCGUGGCGGAGCUGCUGGGAGAGGGCGGGUGCGAGCAGGCGGUGGCGGUGGCGUGCGACGUGGCGGACGCGGCGGCGGUGCGGCGCGCCGUGGACGAGUGCCGCCCUGCCAUGCCGCCCAUCCGCGGCUGCGUCCAGGGCGCCAUGGUGCUCAACGACAACAAGUUCGCCGGCAUGUCCCUGGCCGAGUGGGACGCCACGGUGCGCCCGCGCGUGGACGGGUCGCUGAACCUGGUCGAGUGCCUGGGCGGGCAGCUCGACUUCUUCGUCAUGCUCUCGUCCUUUGCCGGCCUCAUCGGCGCCCCCGAGCAGGCCAACUACGCGGCCGCCGCCACCUUCCAGGACGCCCUGGCGCGCAGUCUCUCGGCGGCGCAGAGCAAAACAGGAGGCGGCUGCGUCUUUGCGUCCCUGGACCUGCCGGUGCUGCAGGACGUCGGGUUCGUGGCCGAGAGGCCCGAGCUCAUGGAGCAGCUCCGCGCCGCGGGCUGGUCUUACUUGGAGGAGGACGAGUUGCUAGCCACGCUCGAGCUGUACUGCCUCCUGCAGCCGCAGCAGCAGCGGUUCGAGGACGUGGUGUCGCGCGCGCAGGUGGCGCCACGCCUGUGGCUGGCCACCGAGACGAUGGACGAGGGCCUGCAGGCGCCGUCGUGGGUGCGGGACCCGCUGUUUUCGCACCUGCGCGAGCGGUCGUCGUCGUCGUCGUCGUCGCCGUCGUCUUCGGGGAACAAGAGCAGCAGCAGCAGCAACAACAACAACAACAGCAACAACAACAACAACAACAACACCAAGAAGGACAAGGAGGCGGCGGCGCUCCUGGCGGCGACCACGUCCCCGGCCGAGGCCGAGGCCGUGGUGCUCGAGGCGCUGCUGCUCAAGCUGUCGCGCGUGCUGAGAGUGGAGCUGUCCAACCUGGACGGCGCCCGCCCCCUGCACGCCUACGGCGUCGACUCGCUCAUCUCGGUCAGCCUGCGCGCCUGGCUCGGCAGGGAGCUGGGCGCCGAGCUGUCCGUCUUUGAGAUGUCGGACCGCCCGAGCAUCGACGCGCUGGCGGCGCUCGUUGCGGAGAGGAGCAGGCUUGUGCCAAAGUUUGCGUGAUUUUCUUUUUGUGGGUUCUUUUGUCAAUGGCUCGGCGUCGGGGUGGCUUUUUAAUCUCUCCCUCAACAGGGUUGUUUUGGUGGGCGGCUUUGAGCGUUGCUGUGUCCUUUCAUAUCUCCUACUAUUUCCGUCAUCUUCUCUCCAGUCUGGGGCCUAUCAAUCAGCGCUCCAUCCGCCUUUAUAGUGCGUAGCUUACCUUGGGUUUAUAUACCAUCUACACUUGUUUCUAACAUGGCUCGACCCAAAGUCUUCCCCCUUUGUGCCGAUAUUGUGCCCCGC